UCAAGGAGAAAAGUAGCGAAAUUAAAAACUCUCAAAGUGAAAAGUGUUCAAAAUGAAACCUCAUAUGCGCUUCUCCAAGGAACGAUGAAACUUUGUGUUCAAUGAAGCCGCUGCCAAAGAAAAGUUUCUGCGAUUUUAACUAAAACUUUUAAUUAAAUUUUGCAAUAAUAAGUGAAAAAUCAUUAAAUUCCUUAACAUUCAGUGUUGAAGCUGCCUGCCUGCCUGGCUGGUGGCUGGUGGUGGAGGAGGAGGAGGAAAAAUUUGUAUUCAAUGGCUGCUGUGCUAAGCAGUUGCACAUCAUUAGCGACAACUGCAAGGCAAUUGGACACGAAUUACGCCCAAUUAGGCGAAGGAUUGGGUGGCCUAGCUGGUAGCUGUCUCUCACUGAGGGGCGGUAUUGGGGUGGGAGUCGGUCGCCAGAGCUUCAGCAAGACGCCUCAUCACCUGAACGACUCUGUCGUUAUGUAUCCCUCUUUGCCAAAAUAUCAUAGAUCUUCCAGCGCACAACAGACAAUGACCACGCCCAAUCAGCACCAUUCAGCAUUCAGUUCUUCGUUGGCCUAUGGCAUGCCAGUCAGCUCUGGCUACUCCUCACAGCACUCGACUUUGCAGAAAUCCUAUAACUCUUCGUCGGCUUCCGUGCAACGGGCCAAUACCACAUCGGAUGUAUGUCGCAAUUAUUGGGGUCACAGUCAACCCACAUCGUCGGCGCUGUACCGUUCGACUGAUCGCCACCAGUCAAAGCGUAAAUCGGCCGUGGAGCUUUUGGCGGAAUCGAAACCGUAUUUCAUGAAGAGUGACACCCCUAUUAUGGAGCGUACAAAUUUCGGUGCCAGCACCCUGGUUUGCAGUGGCAAAAGGAAUCGCAACAGCUCCAGUGUUAUUUUGGAUGAGGGCAAAUACAAUCCCUCAUAUGGCGAGACUACGUACUCGGCCGCCGAAGCAGAACGUCGCUAUGGGGCAACAACUGCCCAUCGAAGAUCCUCACAGAUGCACCAUCAUCAUCACAGCCAUAGUCAUAAUUCUGGCUGUCAUGGUUCUGCGGGAAACUCUGGUUUGUAUCAGGGCAAAUUUCGCAUGUCAAUGUCCACAGAUACCGGGCAUGAGAGGGACAAGUUGUCAAGAUAUCGCAAGGAGCAGUUUGGGGAGCCAAUAGUUUUGAAUGAGACAAAAUCGGUUUCAUUUGAGGAAGAUGUAGCCUUUCGAAUUCCUCCACCUGUAUACUUUUCCCAACAAUCCUAUGGCAGUAUGUACGACAGCGGAGAAGAGCCAUUAGUAUUGACUGAGAACUAUAGACCCAUAAGUCCGCCAGCUGAAUAUGCUGAGGAUUCUGCAGAGACACACAACGAAUCUAGACCGAG